AUGUUAGAACAGAUUUACAAACAAUUAGAUCUAUUUUUCUCACCGAGAGAGAGAGAGAGACAUCACUCGCCGCCGUUGAUCAAUCUCCGUCGUGUUUCUGCAGCUCUCCUCCGUCUCUGUCUCGUGCUAGUGAAAAAAAUGGCUGGAGAAGGAGGUGAAGAAGAUCUACCAAGAGACGCUAAGAUUGUGAAAUCUCUACUUAAGUCAAUGGGUGUGGAAGACUACGAGCCUCGCGUGAUGCACCAGUUUCUCGAACUUUGGUACCGUUACGUCGUCGAAGUGUUGACAGAUGCUCAGGUUUACUCAGAGCACGCCAGCAAAUCUACAAUCGACUGUGACGACGUGAAGCUCGCUAUCCAAUCCAAAGUUAACUUCAGCUUCUCUCAGCCUCCUCCAAGAGAGGUACUUCUUGAAUUGGCUGCGAGCAGGAACAAGAUCCCGUUGCCGAAAUCGAUAGCAGGACCGGGCGUUCCACUCCCACCUGAGCAGGACACGUUGAUUAGCCCGAACUACCAGCUGGUGAUACCGAAGAAGUCAGCGUCAACGGAACCUGAAGAAACAGAGGACGAUGAUGAAGAGAUGACAGAUCCUGCAGAGUCAUCUCAGCAGCAACAACAACAACAGACAGCAGAGCUUCCAAGCCAGACUCCUCAGAGGGUCUCUUUCCCUCUCUCUAGACGACCCAAAUAA